AUGGCCUGUGAGGGAAACGGGAUGUCAGAUGAGAGAAUUGGAGAGGCUCUGAUUAAAGAGGUGAUUGAGGAGGAGCUGAGGGAGAUGCCUUCAGAGGAUGUCCCGCCCCUCACUCCGCUGACCAAUCAGGUGCAGUCGGCACAGGAGCAGAAGGUGGUGCUGGAGCUGGCCAAAAUGAUCCGGAUCAUCGGGGAGAACUUGAAGGACCACAAGCCGCUCCGGGAUGCCAUAGAUGGGAUACAACGAGCUCCAGGCUCUAAUUGGGACCUCUUCAUUCAAGUGGCAAACAAAGUGUUUGACCAGGGCAUCACGUGGGAGAGGAUCGCUUUGCUCUUCUACGUGGCAGGACAGCUCGCAGUCAAGCUGGUGGAGGCUCGUCUCCCUCAGUCCGUGCGGGAGGUCAUGCAGUGGACUGUGGACUUCUUCAGGAACAACUUGCUGGGAUGGAUCCGGGAGCAUGGAGGAUGGAUCAGCAGUUUUUCAGAGCUGGCGGCCGCCUCCAUGCGCAGUGUGAGCGGAUUCCAAAUCUACGGCGUCCUGCUCAUCUUUGUGGCAGGAGUGGCCCUGGGCAGUCUGGUCACAAUCAAAUUCAUGCAACACAAAUGACCCUCACCCACUG